AUGGUCGCAACGAAUACUGGUGGUGAUGACGAUGCGAGCGAUGGCCAAGCCAAGCGGGUUGCUCUCCAAGAACCAGACGCCGAUCAAACUCCCAAGCUCGUCGCAUUUGCCGAACAGCUUCGUCGGCAUGCCUCCAAACCGGAUUCGCUUGAUGCUCUGGAAGUGCACCUGUACAGUCAGUGGCUCGACUGCCGCCGCAACCAGAUCCACCCAGCCAAGUCAUUCAAGUUCGAAGGGUUGCGAGAGUACUGGCUGCAACUUCAGUCCUUUCUCAAAAAGGAAAAGCUCAACUACGCUCGCGCUUGUCGUGCCGCUCGCUCGUUGGACUUUGAGGAAACUGACGAGGUCAUUGAAAAUGUUGAACUCGACGACGACGACUAUGACGACAACAGCGACAACGAGAACGCCGCUUGGGAAUGGAAUCCGUUUCCGACCAAGCAGCUGAUUGACGCGUUUCUCGCCGAGGCGGCCAAGUACACGACCACAUAUGCCUCCAAGAUCAGCCGUGCUUCACAAACAAUGUGCGACCUGCUGUCGCUUUUGCAGGGCGUGUUUCGAUAUGGUCCUGAGCAAUUCAAACAGUUUGACAACUUUUUGACGCUCGCGAAAUGCCUCAUGAGCAUGCUCAACUCCAAUCCUCGGGUCUCCAUUCUCGCCGCAAAGACGCUGGGCUAUUGGGUGCUCAACAACAAGCAGUUGAAAAACUGGCUUCUUGCAAAUUCUUUGUUUGCACACCUUGAUCAAGCAAGUGCUCAAGCAUGUGCCCAACCGAAAGUCCCCCUCAACGUGCUGAAUGCCCUCGGUCUGGUUCUUCAGAACUGGGCAGUCAAGCAACCUGACGUUCAGAGAGCGUUACUCGGCUCCCUCGUGUUCAGCAAGCUUGCAAGCUUUCUGUUGCAUUUUGGAAACGUCUAUUUCAAGUCGGGCGAUCGACUGGAGCGGCACACCUGCGCUCGCCUCGGUCUCCGCGUGUGCAACAUUCUGAUCGCCGCUGAGCUGUGCAAGCAUCUAAAGCCUGAACGAAAGCUGAUGCUUUCCAGAGCCUGUUUCGAAGCACUGACCGAUUCACCCUGGGUUACCUUGCGAUGCCGCUGUGUCGAGGUGAUUUCCGCUCUUGAUCCUGACUGCAAAGGUGGCAUGCCAUCUCUGCGAACCGAAACAGCUCUGCGGUGGGCUUUUGUUGACGCAGGAUUCGACACUGAAAAGCGCAAAAUGGUUGGUGAUUUUCUUGCCAAAUGGGACAUUGAUCCCGGCGGAUGUACCUCAUUUCUAUAUGGAUGAUCCUUGUGAGCUAUGAUGUGUGCUUUUCGUUUUGGCUGACUGUGUUCUGUGCUUCUUGUGAUACGAAUUCUUGUUCUUCUUGCAUUUUACUUCUUGUUCGACU